GGAAGAGGCGGGUGGUUUGUGUCCGCUAGUUUGCGGGGAGCUGGGUGCUCAGGGCGUGUGCCGAGCGGAGCCGAGCCGAACCGGCGGUCGGGCGAAGGAGUGAACGAUGACCCGUGGUAAUCAACGCGAACUUGCUCGCCAGAAAAAUGCAAAGAAAGCAAGUGAGCAAAAUAAGCGGAAAAGAAAGGACGAUGGUUUAUCUGCUGCAGCUAGAAAGCAGAGGGAUGCUCAAAUAAUGCAGCAAAAGCAAAAAGGAAAUGAUGGAAAAGCUGCCAGAGCUGAAGCAGGAACUUCAAACUAACCUGCAUCUGUGAUACCCUGCCCAACUUUCAAGGAUGGGCGCAUCUAACGAGCAAUGCGGCUUUGUCUUCAAAUAUUGAACAUAGUUAAAACAUUGGGUUCCAGUACUUCAGAAAAUUGCAUUGUUGUAUCUUUACUAUUGGGUUAUGCCAUGUUUGAUGCUGAAGGAAAGUGUCUUGCUUACAGAGUUGUUACUUGAUACAGUGUUAGACCCUACGCUGUAGAGGAGCAUUUUCUUCAUGAGCAUAAUUCACUAGGGGUAUUUCCAGUUUAAGCAGAAAAGGUGCUUGCAUUUCGAUUUGUGACCAGCCUUGUAUUUUUGUAUCAAUGCUAACCCUUUAAAUUCUGUUUUAAUAAAGACAGCAUUUAAGUUGACAAAGCUGGGUUUAAGCUGCUUGUCUUUAAGUUGCCUUUAAAGCUUUGCCAUUCUUGAAGCAUCUUUAUUCUGCCUCAGUGAUCCAAAGAUGAAAGGAAAGCAGUUCAGGUUUCAGGUUAUGUGGUAUGAUUGGUAUUCAUAUGUUAGAUGGUACAAAGAAACGUUUUAUAUGUUUUGCUUGGAACUCAGAUCUUUAGCUGGGGGGGGUGUUAUCUUUAGUGAAUAGGAUUGGAGUAGUGAAGGUUGUAAUGGGCAAAAUUAUUAGUAAUGGGAGAUUUGCCUUUUCAUCUAAACUGCUUUUGGCAUUGGGUAUUUAGUGUGAGCUAUUGCUACAUUAUACAAUUCACUACAUCAGUAGAACGGAUUGACUGAUUUAUUAUAUGGGAUUAUUUAUGGUCUCCAAUUUAUCCAAAUGUAAUAUAUUUAAGUCCAAAGAAGAUCUGUAACCUGGAAAUGAAGUAGCUGGGUGAGAUAAAUUGAUUCAGAUAACAUUUCACUGAUCUGAACUACAGUUAGGUCAGGUACAUUAGAAAUAACUUGUAAAUUAGUUUGGAUCCUGCACUAAAGCGUUAAUGCAAAGUGGGUGGGGGGGGAUCUCAAUGGAUGAACUUGGAUUGAAUAGAUUUUACAAAAUACUGUUCUGGGAUUGAUCUCCCUUUUUUAUUUUUGCCUACUAUUGUGAUACACUUGCUUUACUCUAGCAACAGUAAACAGCUUGGCAGUUACUUGCAAAUUUCUUGCACUCUGCUGAUUUUAGAUUUAGCUGCAGUUGAGUUUGCAAAUUUAAUCCUCUGCCCCUUCCCCUUGAGAUAAAUCAGUUGCUCAAAUAAUACCCUGUGUAUGCUAAAAUUAUAAAAGUGAAUGCUGCUGGAUAUGACCAAUAGUUUUGUUCUGUAUUGUCACAUCAACUGAACUGGGUCCAUCAUGGGAUAGGAAACUGUGGUUGUUGUUUUCUUUGCCUCUAAAUAUGGCUGUUGACUUAAAAUUGAGCAGUACUAUUGCUCCUUGAUUCUUAAUGCAGAGUGAGUAAAUGGGUCUGCACUGAAAUGUGAAGCACAUCAAGUAAGUAAGUUGUGCAGUUCAAUCACACAUCAAUCUUUUGAUCAAACUGAAGGGGGGAGGGGGUUUAGGGGAAGAGGAUGAAAAGGGUGAACGAGAGAUUUGGGUUUGACUUGUUUUCCUUGCUGCUCUGUUUUAUUGUUACCUGACGAACUUUACUUAUUUAUAAGUGUAUAUUAAAAAAAACUUUUCUAUAUUUUAUGCAUUUGCUGACUUUAAUUCAAGGUACUGUCACCCUUUGGACUGAGAGGUACAAAGUCAGACUAGCAGCCUGCUGGAAUUGGCUAAAUAGCCUCAUGACAUACUUGAAAAUUGUCUUUGUAUAGUGUCCUAAUCAUUUUUGAAACCUGGAUGUUGAUGAGUGUCACAUGUUCAGUGACUGUUAAUGAAUUGCUGGAUAAACGAUCUUCAAAGGAUUAUUAGACAUUGCUCAUAAAAUGGUACGGAACAACUUUUCGUUCUGUGCCAAGAAGUGUUUCUGCAGCGUGUCUAGCUGACUGACUAAAAAUAGAGUUGAAGUGUAUCUUCCUUCUCAAAAACAAAUGGAGUAUGUUCUCUGAUUAAAACAGACCAUACAUCCCUAUUAGCAAAACCUCUUGUUGGUUCUAGUGAAGUGUCAAUGCCGAAAGAAGAAACAGCUGAAAGCAAUUGGUUGGAUGAUUAAUUAUCACUUUGCUUCUGACCAGUUAUUUUAAUCUGCCAGUGAAUAACAAGAGUUUUGGCAAAUAUUCCAAACACCUGAUUGUGGUAUGUGGCUGAUACUAAAGACCAGUGCUGAUCAACUGGCUGUAGUGUUCACCAAUAUUUUUAAACUCUCACUUUGGCAGUCUGGGGUACUCACCUGCUUCAAACAGGUUUCAAUUAUACUGGUACCUUGGAAGAACACAGACAUCCACUGUGAUGAAGAGCUUUCAGAGGCUGGUGAUGAAACAUAUCAACUCCUUCCUGAAAAGUGACUUGGAUCUGCUAACAUUUGCCUACUUGGACAACAGGUCCACAGCCGUUGCCAUUUCAUUGGCUCUUCACUCAACCCCAAAAUAUCUGGAUAACAAAACUUCUGGACAUAAGACUUUUUAAUCAACUGCAACUCAGCAUUUAACACCAUCAUCCCUGAUCAAUAAGCUUCAAGAAAAAUACCUUGUGCAGUUGGAUCCUCUAUUUUCUCGCUUGCAGACCCCAGUCAGUUUGAAUCGGCAACAGUAUCUCUUCCAUAAGCUCCAACAGCACAAGUAUACCAUAAGGCUGUGUGCUUAGCCACCUGCUCUACUCGCUUUAUACUUUUGACUUUGUGAUUAAGCACAGCUGCAAUGCCAUAUAUAAAGCUUGCUGAUGACACUGCUCUUGUAAGCUGAAUCAGAGAUGACGAAUCAGCAGAUAGGAGGAAGAUUGAAAAUCUGGCUGAGCGGUGCCAUAACAACCUCUUACUCGAUGGCAGCAUGACCAAGGAACUGAUUAUUGAUUUCAAGAGGAGGAAUCCAGAGGUCCAUGAGCAAGACCUCAUUAGAGGAUCAGAGGUGGCAAGGACAACUUUAAAUUCUUCAGUGUUAUUUCAGACGACCUACCCUGGACCCAGCACAUAAAGUGCAAUUACAAAGAAAGCACAAUGGUGUUUGUACUUAGAAGUUUGCGACAAUUUGGCAUGACAUCUAAAACUUUGACAAACUUCUAUAAAUUUGUGUUGAACUGGUAUUAACUGGUUGCAUCAUGGCCUGGUAUGGAAACACCAAUGCUGUUGAAUGGAAGAUUGCACAAAAUGUAAUGGAUACAGCACAGCCAAUCAUAGGUAAUGCCCUCCCUACCACUGUGCACAUGUAUGCAGAGUGCUGUCACAGGAAUGCAUCAUCAGGGACUCCCACCACCCAGGCCAUAUUCUCCGCUGCCAUCAAGAAGGUACAGGAGCCUCAGAGCUGGCAGCAUCAAGUACAAAGAACAGUUAUUACCCCUCAGCCAUCAAGGAAUCCGAAGGAAUAACUUCACUCAACCUCACUGACCUCAUCACUGAACUGUUCCCACAAUCUUUGGACUUGCUUUCAAGGACUCCAUCUCAUGUUCUCAAUAUUUAUUGCUUAUUUAUUACUGUUUUUUUCUCUUUUGUACUUGCACAGUUGAUGUUCUUUGCACAUUGUUUGUCCAUCCUGUUGGAUGUGGUCUUUCAUUGAUUCUACUGUUUCCUGGAUUUACUGUGUAUGCUGGCAUGAAAACUAAUCUCAGGGUUCCAUAUGGUGACACAUGUACUUUGAUAAUAAAUAUACUUUGAACUUUCAACACACUUUACUGAACCUUC